UCGCGAUGUACACCGUCGUGUGAAGUGGGCGUCAUGUAAAAGAGCCAUGUGGACGGGCGUCGUGAAUCUUAUCUUAGCAGCCACCGCAAUCCUAGGCGUGCAAAUCAGGAAUCUACGUGUACCGCAGUCCGUGAAGAACGGCAGUCGGUCGGCGCUACUCGACUGCGAUUACACGUUGAAGCCGGAAGAACUCGCCGCCGACUCGUAUUUGGGUCUGGUGGUAAAGUGGUACUUCAACAGCAGUCCCAGCCCGGUGUACCAGUGGAUCCCGGGACAGAAGCCGCAGGACCUGGGCAUCCUAAAGGGCAAGCUGGACUUGAAGCACCGCUCCUCAGACCACGGAGCCACCAUGUACCGGGCUCUGUACAUACGAAACCCCACGACGGAACUCUCCGGCGAGUACAAGUGCCUCGUGUCGACCUUCGACGACGAAGACUUCAUGACCAAGAAGAUGGUCGUCUUCGUUCCGGAGACGAGUCUGGAUAUGACGCAGACGAAACCAAAUAUCAACUCUGUGAAGAUAUUGUGCAUCGCUCGGGGAGUCUAUCCGGAACCCAAGAUGGCGCUGCUUUUGGGAAAUAAGACUAAGACAAGAAUGGACGAUGUGCAGGUGGAGACGGUGUCCCAACAGCGAUCUUACGACAUCGUGGCCACGAAAGUAGUACAAGACAGCGACCUCGAGACACCCACAGUGUUCGCCUGCGAGCUGCGUAUUCCAGACACUCAGUACGCAGUCAGUAAGAGUGUUAUCUACUAUCCAGGGCUUCCUCUACCGACAAACUAUAGUGAGACCACGCAUUCCCAUACCUGGAUAAUGAUCACACUGUCCCUAAUUAUAUUCACAUACCGUAGGACGAGGUAGGUAAGGGCCCGAUGCUGCUCUAAAAAGUUGAGAAGACGCCUCAGACCAAAGCUACGUGUAGCUGAUCAACAGAAAGAGUGACGAUCGAAAUAGCAGUGAUAAUUAAGUGGAAUUAACCAACUGCAAAUUAACAAUUCAGAUUAUGUAAAUACAUUAUGCUAACAUUAGUUGGUGUAAACUAAAACAGGGUAAUUAAAGCAGUUGCCAAAACAAUUUAUGUAUAACGUAACACUUUAAUGUUAAUGUUUAUUACGUGUUGUUACAUGUAGUGUAAAUUAAAUUAGUUUUAUAAUUGUCUUGUCCGAUGUAGAAGUAUAAGUGUUCUUGACAAUUGUUUUGUUCUCUGGCAAAUAUGAUCUUAGUAGUUUGAUAUUUACAGGUCGUAAAAUGAUGUACACUCUCUCGUUUGGAGAUGAUCGAAGGUGGUACGAAGGAAAGUCAAGGACAUGUCAAUUUGUGAAUUAUGCAUAUGAUCAUCCUUAAAUGAGCAAUGCCAGAAAAUUAAAAACCCUUUGAAAUUAUGAGAUACUAUAUAUGGCACUUUAUUUCAGCUAACGUUUUUUCUUUGUAUCCCACCAACAGGCAUAAUCAUAAACAGAUCAAAUUUAUGAAGUGAUGUUCAUAAAAAUGUAAACACGAUCUUGAUGUAAAAUAUUAACAUAUAUAUUAAUAUUUUAAAAAAUUGUUUUUUUAUUAAUAAAAAUAUUUAUAUAACAUUUACAUUUAAUCAUUCUUCUCUAGCUGCCGGCACAUAAUUGUAGCUGAAAUUAAAAUUAAAUUUGCUAACAUACAAGGAACGUGCAUGGUUGUAUAUUAUAAAAUUUAAAUUUCUGUGUUAUUGUAAGAUGAACAGCUAAUAGACGUUAAACAAUUUUAACAGCAAAAUUUUUCUCACAAGGCUUUCUGAGCGCUCUAACGUCUGCAAAGUUUCAUGAGGUAUCAAUUUAAAAUAAUUGCUCACCUCAAUUUACGCUUAUUGAAUAACCAACAUACAUUUCCAUCAUUUAACGAUAACUCAGAAAUAUUCUUUUUAUGCUAUAUAAUGUUCUAUAAUGUAUAUGAAAAUAAAUCCUGUAAGAAUAAAAAAAUGUUUUACAAAAGAAUUGAAAUAU